UCUUCUUCCAGUUCCGAGAAAAUCCGCAGUCAAAGAGUACCAAGAAAGAAAAAUGGCAGAAGAAAAGAAAGCAACGUUUCUUUUUACGGCGGCGAGAUAGGGAAUUCGCCCAAAGUAGCAAAUCCUCCGCAGGCUCAGCAGACUGAGUCGAGGCUUUGCUUGGCCUAGUUGGGUGCGGCUCGAUUCGCUCAUAUUUAUUCCGCUCCCUUCCUUUUCCGGCGAAAGCCGCUCUCUUCUUUUUUCCUCCCCCUUUUUACCCCCUCUUUCUCAACUUUCCGGGAAAAUCCCCUGCUUUUUCUUUCCCUAUUCCUUCUCACCGCCCUCCUCGGUCACUGUGCUUCCGGGUCGUCCCUGAACUUGCCCAUCUUUUCUUUUUGCGCAUAUUACUGCUUCAGUGGUUUCGCUUUCACCCCUUCUUCACUCCUCUUGCUCCUUCCAUUUCUCUCUGCUUGCUUUUUUGCCUUUUCCUCUGCUUUUUGGACUUCUCGCUUUACUGGAAAAUUGCCCACGGUCACACCCUUUAAACCACCAACUUUAUCUCGCCAGAUUUUUCUCAAUACUGCUUUUUUUUUUGGGUGUUUGGUCGAUUAGAUAUCUCUGCGUUUGAAGCUUCUCUUUAACGUGGUUCGCUCCGACCUUUUCAUCUUUAUUCUCCUUCUCGUGUCCGAGUCUCAGAGGAAUCUCUCUUUUUUUUUUUCCGACUCCCUCUAUAUCACUCCCUCUAUUUCACUCGCUCCGCUUUCCAGGUUAACACUAAGUCUGACCGAGAAGCUCCUGCAAUUUUGAACAGAGGAGAAGAAAGCUAUGGAAGGAACGACUUGUUUCGUGCCUCCUAUCAAGCUCACUGAGCACCAAACCCACGCGAGGCUCCUGAGACCCGAGCCUAGUACCCGACCCAGAGUCGUCCGGAUAUCGUACACAGAUGGCGACGCCACCGACUCUUCCAGCGAUGAUGAGAACGACAUGCUCGAAUGUCGUCGCCGGAGAGUGAAGAAAUUCGUCCACGAGAUUGCCGUCGAGCCGUCGUGCUCGAGAGAGGGCCACGUGGUCGCCAAGAGCCGGUCAGUGAGGAGUAAGCUGUGCAGGAAGUCAACGGGGAAGCCGGUGCUACAGGUGGGCCGCCGUGAGAUGAAGUCGCCGGCGACGGGGAGGAAGUUCAGAGGCGUGAGGCGGAGGCCGUGGGGCAAAUGGGCGGCCGAGAUCAGGGACCCACUGCGGCGCGUGCGGGUCUGGCUGGGUACCUACAACACGGCAGAGGAGGCCGCAAUGGUCUACGACCACGCCGCGAUCCAGCUGCGCGGACCCGACGCGCUCACCAACUUCGUUACUCCUCCGCCGUUGCAGAUGGCCGCGGCCGCGGUCCCGAUGCCGCAGGCAAAGGCCCCCGGUGAGGCCCGCUCACCGACAUCGGUCCUCCGGUGCCUCUCCGAGGACUCCGAAGACUCGCAGGGGAGCGGCGGCGACGCGGCGAAAGAGGAGGCGCGUGGCGAUGAGUCCUGCGUAUUGGAGGAGAACUCCACGAGAUUAGAGAGCUCGUUCCCGGACGAUUUGUUUGACGGGUACGCUGGCUUCGGAGAGGGCAUGUUCAAGGACAAACUGGACGACUUCUGCGACGCCUUCGUGAACCCGGGCGAGGAUUUCGGGUUCAGAUUUUGGCCCGGGUUCGGGUCCUCCUGUUGGAGUGACGACGAUCACUUCCAAGACAUAGGUGACUUGUUCGGCCCCGACCCUCUCUUAGCAAUGUGAAAUUUUCCUUUUCCCUUUUAGUUUCUGUGGUGUUGUUUAAGUCGUGCCGGUCGCCGGCCGGCGACAGUUUUGAAUCGGCGCCGUUCCGUUUUGCUCUUGUUUGUCGUGUCGAGUUGUAAUUUUCAGUUCGUGUCAAUAAGUCAUUGGCGACGACGAAACCUGCGUCUCCGUCAAGAUAACGGUGACGGACGAGGUUUCGCUA